CUUUUAUUUUAAUAAUAAUUGAAAUCUCAAAUGAAUAUGUUUUUUCGCUAUAUCACACAAAUAAAUGUGUUAGAAAUCCUUCUCCUCUUUCCAUCAGAGAUAUUUCGAUAACAAAUUCCUUGAUUCCACAUUCUUACUAUCAUAAAACUUUAUAUUAUGAUGGAUUGUAUAAUAACUGUUUUAUUAACUCCUGUUAUGAUAGGACUUUUGAGUCUAAAAUUUCUAAAAUCGCAUUAUUAGCCACUCAGAAGUUUGUUUCUGUACACUCUAAUGUCACUUCUAAAUCUUUUAAUCACUAUACUAAUUUGUUUUCAACCGAUUCAUCAUAUGUCACUACUGAUGUUACACAUGAUCAAGAAAAACGACCAUUUUCAGAAAUUUAUCCCAUUGAAGAGCCUGAAACUUUUCCCAACAAUGAGGAUUUUUUCGACUAUUUCUUGAAUACAUUCAACCAGCCUGAAAAUAAAGAUAGACUUAACUGGAAACACCCAAUGCCAUGUGCCAUUUCUCAAAUGGCUGCACUUCGCUGUGUAAAAGAUUUGAUGCCUCCAAGCUCUUUACCUGAUUGUUUUCAGAUAACAGAUGAUACUAAGCUAGAUGAUAUCAUUUCUACAAAACUCGGUCCUUACUAUAAUACACUUAGUUAUGACAUGUUUUUCAAGUAUCAGAAAGGAUUUUAUUUGGACAUUGAUGAAGGCGAGGUUGUAAAAAGUGAAAUAAAACCUUUGAAGGUUGAGAGACCUGAAAACGCACCUGAGUUAGAGUGUGAUAAACCAGUCCCAUCAGUACCUAUGGGAUGGAGGACUUUUGUGGUUUUAGGAUUAUUUGACCCGCCUGACGGUAAAGACGAUCCCUCAGCAUACUGGUGUAGCACUCCUCUAACGGAUGGUGAUCCACCACCUCGCUUAUCCUCAGGACUUUUUAGAUACGGAGAAUUUUUUAACUUUUUGGCAUCAAGAGAUGCUCUGGCUCCGGAUGGAACACUUUUGUGCUCCAAUGACAAAAUCACUCCAGGAGAGCAUUUUACUGGUGAGAAAGGAGACAUGUCAAUUAUCAGUUCUGGACCUCCCGAUGAACAUAAAACCAUCAACAAAGAUAAGUAUAAAUAUAUGAUUUCCGAAGAUGGAGUUUGGCCUAGGAAAGAUUACGAAAAUGUUGUUGGAUCGCUUACAUCCUUACAAGCACUAUGGGCUAGACUUUCUACAACGAUGCUCAAGUCGACAUCUAAAGUGAUUAAACUCUAUAAACUAAACACUAGAAAACUUUUCACCCAUGAAAUCUUCACUAUUUCAAAUAAGCUGGACGUCCGAGAAUACUACAAAAACCUUAAAAAGAGUCCCGUUGAAUACAACGUCGGUGUACUAUACUUUAUGACAGCUCCUACACUCCAUCAUGCCAUGGAUUUCGCCUGCAGCGACCCAGUGGCAAGGUCAAAUUUUUAUAAGAAUUUAUUCAUUUUUGAGGCUGAAGAUGGAUUAAGAGAUAAGCUGACUUCUAAGAAGGAAACCGACAUCAAUAACCCUAGGGAAUACAUUAUACUAGGUAUUACAUAG